GGUGUAUGAUUAUCCAUGAACAAGUUGCCAAGCAACAAACGUGUGACGAAUAGUAAUGUGUUAGUUCUUCAAACGACCUUUCCCAAUGAGUCAGCAAACUGGAAAAAGAAAAAACCAGCAAACUCGAUUAUAAUGCAAGCAGCCCAGUAUCAAAGUCCUGUCUACCUAAAUACACAAGAAGGUUCUACUGAUUCUGUUGUCAAUAGAGAUGAGCCUGUUCCAGUGGUGGACACCGAGAAAGGGUCCAGAAUGCUCCUCCGAGAGCCAAGCCAACUCACCAACAGACGAAAGCUGAUGAUUGGCCUGGUGAUUGUCCUGGUUAUUGCUUGUAGUUGGGUCGGAGCCACUCAAACAGCCAAGAGCUCGUACAUGAACGGUUUCUCAGCCCCGUACUUUGUGACCUGGUUCACUACAUCCUGGAUGAUCCUCGUCUUCCCUCUCACUGCUCCACUCUAUUUCCUCACUGGUAGAGCCAAACUCAACACGGCAGGAGUUAGCCAUCUUCUCAGGCACAGUGCUCAAGUGUUCUCCCCACAAGGGCUGACAUUAGUGAGUUUCCUUACUUCCACUGUCCUCUUCACCUUGAUCUGGGCUGGUACCAACUACAUGUACUCCCGAGCCCUUAUUAGCACUCAUCCCACAGAUGUGACUGCUCUGUUCUCAUCGGCCCCAGCUUUUGUGUUCCUACUCUCUGUGGUGGUGCUGAGGGAACCACCUCUCAUUCUCAGGUUUGGUGCAGUGCUGCUUGUCAUCAGUGGAAUCACUUUGUUUGCCUAUGUGGAUGGAUUCGAAUCAGCCAACGUAGUGGGAGUGGUGUUAUCUGUUGGGUCUGCCUUUGGAGCUGCUCUGUACAAAGUUCUCAUAAAGUGGCGUGUUGGUGAUGCAACUCUUUACCAGAUGAGCCUCUUCCUCUCCACCCUGGGACUAUUCAGCACCCUCUGCUUGUGGCCCAUCCCUCUAGCCUUGCAUCUCACAGGUGUUGAACUCCUCACCAACAUACCCUGGGGCUAUCUAUGCAUCAGUGCACUGCUCAGCGUCAUAUUCAAUUUCAGUAUCAACUUUGGAAUUGUGUACACGUUCCCGCUGUUCAUAUCUCUCGGUACUGUGAUGGGAAUACCAUUGAGUGCUGUGGUGGAUUCUCUGUUCCGAAAUGUGGACUUUUUUGACUGGAAGUUCCCGGCGACGGACCUGAUUGUGGGGGGCUUUAUUCUCAUGCUGCUACCCCCUGACGACUCCCAGUGUCUGCAGAAAGGUUGUGUGAAGGCUGUCUCUUGCAAGAGUUGUCAAAAACAGACCAAAUAGACUUCAUAAACACAUUAAAUCUUAUUGCUUUUGUGUGCAAUAACCUGAUCAUAAAUAAUUUUUUUAUUGCUUUUUGUGUGUAAUAUUUUUAUUAUAAUA